AUGGAGGUUGAAACUGAAAAAGUGGACAAGGAGAUUACAACAACAGUUUCGCCCGCGGUGAUGAUCGGAAAUAGUCACACUCAGAGUGUAAAAGAGGAGGUGAAGAAGCAAUUUUGGCUCUCUGCUCCACUCAUCGGCGUUAGCCUCCUCCAAUACUCUCUCCAAGUUAUCUCCGUCAUGUUCGUCGGUCAUCUCGGCUCACUUCCUCUCUCCGCCGCCUCCAUCGCCACCUCUUUCGCCUCCGUCACUGGUUUCACUUUCCUGAUGGGUACAGCGAGUGCGUUGGAAACACUUUGUGGUCAAUCUUACGGAGCAAAGAUGUAUGGAAAGCUAGGGAUUUUCAUGCAGAGAGCUAUGUUUGUUCUGCUGAUACUCUCGGUUCCUCUCUCGAUAGUUUGGUUUUACACAGAGGACAUUCUUGUCUUGGUUCACCAAAACAAGUCCAUCGCCAGACUUGCAGGCUCAUACGCUAGAUACAUGAUUCCAAGCAUCUACGCCUACGCUCUUCUUCAAUGCCUAAACAGGUUUUUGCAAACGCAAAACAAUGUGUUCCCUGUAUUUGUGUCCUCUGGAAUCACUACUAAGAUUGGAGCUUGUGUGAAUCUCGGCUCAUAUUAUCUAGUUGGAGUUCCACUGGGAUUAUUACUUGGUUUCCAUUUACAUUUCGGUGGUCGGGGACUUUGGCUUGGAAUCGUAUCAGCCUUAGUUGUUCAAGUGCUGUCUCUUUCCAUUAUCACAUUAGUUACAAACUGGGAUAAAGAGGCCAAGAAAGCUGAAAACAGAGUUGGGCAUUCGGAUAAGGAG